AUGGAAUUCGACAAAUGCGUAGUACGUCUCAUCUAUAUUUCUCUCAUCGCUCUUCGUGUACCGCUAACAAUAAGCACCAGCACGUUAUCGCCACCAACAAUCGAAUCUACCGUCGUGUCUACCAUCGUCCCCGACACGACAGAGGAGGAAGAGGACAGGAUAGAAAUGCCAAGUGUACCUCUGACAGAGCAGGUUAUGGAUCACAACAUACGGGUGAGCGAUGUACCCGACGUGGAUCCGGAGUCGACGAACGUGCCGGAUUCCAUCUUAGACAAGAACCGGAUAAUUCGCGACGCGGCUUAUCUUAUUCGCGCCCACAAGUUCCACGACUACGAUCGCCGGUAUUGCAAAAGCGUGGAAGAGGCCACGAGCAGGCCAUACGAGGAGUUCCCGAGGCCAGGCCUGAGAUCCCUGCACUGGGAGGUGCGCAAGCACUGCGACGCGAGCUUUGUCGAGUGUCUCAAGUAUCUCGAAAGGAUCAUUAAGCUCAUGGCCCUCAGGCGCGAGGACGACACCGUCACGAUCAUGAGGGAGCAGAAAUGGAACUUGGUGAACAAUACCGAGCAGAUCCUGACCGCUCAAAGGGACUGUCAGACAGCCCAAAGACGAGACAAUCUCACCAUGGUUCCAUUUCAGGGUCCAAUUGAACGCUUUCAAUGGCGUACCACUGUCAGCUAUUAUAUGUGCUGGUAUACGAUGUUGGGUAUUCCGGAUUUAGCCACCUUUGGCGAGCCUUGCGACAAUCACGCCAACUGCCUGGAUGAAUACGGCAUUCACAACAAGGAUCCACGAGCGGACGAUACGAAACCGUACGCUUGCGCUCUGUACAGUUUCUGCCCGGACCAUUGUUGCCCUAUGAAGCACAUCCGGUACAUGAAAGAUUGUUUUCAGUCGCAACGCAAUCCUUGCUUUGCUGAGAACCAACCAGCACAUCGAAAGUGCACCCUGAAUCGGGACGAGAAUCGCGACUUCCACGCGCUCGGAGCGAAUCAGAUAAAUGUGAGCUGCGAAUGUCACCAGCCCGGUCACGAGUGGUCCUCCAGAUUCGGGCUGUGCGUUGAUGUGAAUGAAUGCAUUCGCGGCACGCACAAUUGUACAUUGAACGAGGAGAGUUGCCUGAACCUGCCCGGUCAUUACGCUUGCGUCUGUCGACUCGGCUACGUUUAUAAUCAGGAGAUGAAACGGUGCGUUCACAGCCCGGACAUUGACAGAGUGCUGAAGAGUGUUCAAAGUGUGCGCGAACCAAAGGUAACGAAAACGAGAAGUCUCUUCGACAAGAUUGUUCGAGUUAUUACCCGAUCCGCCGGAAGUAGCUUCCUGUAUGGCUACAGACUUAAUUUUUUAUUCAUUUUUACCGUGUUGAUGUAUAGUAUCAUGUAAACGAAAUCUAUUCUAUU